AUGUCUAAAGAAGUGUCUGUCGGAGUCUGUGUUAUUGCUUUGUUGAGCAGGCUGACUUAGGAUGGCACUGGUGCUGACAGGACAGACUACACAGAAGCCAUUCAGAGGGAGUGGACAAAGUCGAACACAGUCGCAGUUGACGGAACAAACAAUUUGAUGAAUAAAUAGCAAUACUUGAUGAAACAUUGAUGAUGCAUUUUUGUGUGGAGUUGCUGCUGUCCAUGGCGCUGAAAACAUUGGAGUUGUGUGUGUGUUUAAAAAUAUAUUAUUAUUAAAACGCUAGAGGCAGCCAGCUUCCCAACACUUUGAAUUCCUCAGCCUCUCCUAGAAAGAGAAAAAAAUAAUAAAAAAAGACAGAAAAAUAUAUUAAUAAGUUGUAAAAAUAAAAUAAAAAAAUCGGAUUUGGUGAUGAGAUUGAAUCCAUGCUAACUACAUUGAACCAAAAUACACUGAUAACUACACUGAACAAAAAUACACUGAUACCUACACUGAACAAAAAUAUAAAACGUAACAUGCAACAAUUUCAAAUAUUUUACUGAGUUACAGUUCAUAUAUCGAAAUCAGUCAAUUUUUUAUUUAUUUAUUAGGAUGCCCUAAUCUAUGGAUUUCACAUGACUGGAAAUAUAGCGAUGCAUCUGUUGGUCACAGAAAGUUACAAAAACAAGUAGGGGCGUGGAUCAGAAAACCAGUCAGUAUAAUGCAGUGCGACACAUCUCCUUCGCAUAGAGUUGAUCAGGCUGUUGAUUGUGGCCUGUGGAAUGUUGUCCCACUCCUCUUCAUUGGCUGUGUGGAGUGGAUGGAUAUUGGCGGGAACUGGAAGACGCUGUCGUACAUGUCGAUCCAGAGCAUCCCAAACAUGCUCAACGGGUGACAUGUCUGGUGAGUAUGCAGGCCAUUGAAGAACUGGGACAUGUUCACCACGUUGACAUCAGCAAACCGCUCGCCCACACGACGCCAUACGUCUGCCAUCUGCCCGGUACAGUUGAAACCGGGAUUCAUCUGUGAAGAGCACACUUCUCCAGCGUGCCAGUGGCCAUCGAAGGUGAGCAUUUGCCCACUGAAGUUGGUUACGACGCCAAACUGCAGUCAGGUCAAGACCCUGGUGAGGACGACCAGUGCGCAGAUGAGUUUCUGACAGUUUGUGCAGAAAUUCUUCGGUUGAGCAAACCCACAAUUUCAUCAGCUGUCCGGGUGGCUGGUCUCAGAUGAUCCCGCAGGUGAAGAAGCAUUUCAUUUUUGGGGGGUAAAUACAGGCAAAUAUAUUGAUAAAAGUUACCUUGUCCAAGAGAGAUUUACACGGUUAUCAAAACGUCACGCCAGGGUAAGCCUACACGGAACACAGCCCUUAUUUUAAGUGUUUCUAAAAUCCCCUAUGGGGAAAAUGAAUGGUGGAAAAACUAUUGGAACCAUUUCCUUGUUUGACUGCUAGAUUUUAAUGCGUCUCAUACUGUGGUACUCUAUGAGUCUGGAUCUGAGUCAAGGGGCCAGGGUUCCAAUCUAGAAGCACGGUUUCAACUGCUCCUACAGUUUUGCUUUGGUACUGCAGUUUAACUGACGCCCAGAAAAUACAAUUUCAAGAGAUGGUCACAUAGAGAGUCUGAUUAGAAAAAUUCAUCAACAGGAUCAACUGAGUUUAACACUAAAACCAGUCGUUCACGCUGUUGGCAGUAGGUGCACUUGAUUCAGCAGCGCCGGGAAGGCAAAGUGUUCCCAUUUUGAACCAUUUCAUAUGUCUGAAGGUAGGACUCUGCCUACCCGGCAGGCCCAGAGAGCGAAUCAAGUGCACAUAUAGAGUGAGGGAAAAGAGUAUUUGAUCCCCUGCUGAUUUUGUACGUUUGCCCACUGACAAAGACAUGAUCAGUCUAUAAUUUUAAUGGUAUGUUUAUUUGAACGAUGAGAGACAGAAUAACAACAAAAAAAUCCAGAAAAACGCAUGUCAAAAAUGUUAUGAAUUGAUUUGCAUUCUAAUGAGGGAAAUAAGUAUUUGACCACUCUGCAAAACAUGACUUAGUACUUGGUGGCAAAACCCUUGUUGGCAAUCACAGAGGUUAGACGUUUCUUGUAGUUGGCCACCAGGUUUGCACACAUCUCAGGAGGGAUUUUGUCCCACUCCUCUUUGCAGAUCUUCUCCAAGUCAUUAAGGUUUCGAGCCUGACGUUUGGCAACUCGAACCUUCAGCUCCCUCCACAUAUUUUCUAUGGGAUUAAGGUCUGGAGACUGGCUAGGCCACUCCAGGACCUUAAUGUGCUUCUUCUUGAGCCACUCCUUUGUUGCCUUGUCUGUGUGUUUUGGGUCAUUGUCAUGCUGGAAUACCCAUCCACGACCAAUUUUCAAUGCCCUGGCUGAGGGAAGGAGGUUCUCACCCAAGAUUUGACGGUACAUGGCCCCGCCCAUCAUCCCUUUGAUGCAGUGAAGUUGUCCUGUCCCCUUAGCAGAAAAACACCCCCAAAGCAUAAUGUUUCCACCUCCGUGUGUGACGGUGGGGAUGGUGUUCUUGGGGUCAUAGGCAGCAUUCCUCCUCCUCCAAACACGGCGAGUUGAGUUGAUGCCAAAGAGCUCAAUUUUGGUCUCAUCUGACCACAACAUUUUCACCCAGUUCUCCUCUGAAUCAUUCAGAUGUUCAUUGGCAAACUUCAGACUGGCAUGUAUAUGUGCUUUCUUGAGCAGGGGGACCUUGCGGGCACUGCAGGAUUUCAGUCUUUCACGGCGUAGUGUGUUACCAAUUGUUUUCUUGGUGACUAUGGUCCCAGCUGCCUUGAGAUAAUUGACAAGAUCAUCCAGUGUAGUUCUGGGCUGAUUUCACACCGUUCUCAUGAUCAUUGCAACUCCACGAGGUGAGAUCUUGCAUGGAGCCCCAGGCCAAGGGAGAUUGACAGUCUUUUGUGUUUCUUCCAUUUGCGAAUAAUCGCACCAACUGUUGUCACCUUCUCACCAAGCUGCUUGGCGAUGGUCUUGUAGCCCAUUCCAGCCUUGUGUACGUCUACAAUAAUAAUAAUAAUAAUUAAUAAUAAUAAUAAUACAAUCUUGUCCCCUACAAUCUUGUCCCUGACAUCCUUGGAGAGCUCUUUGGUCUUGGCCAUGGUGGAGAGUUUGGAAUCUGAUUGAUUGAUUGCUUCUGUGGACAGGUGUCUUUUAUACAAGUAACAAGCUGAGAUUAGGAGCACUCCCUUUAAGAGUGUGCUCCUAAUCUCAGCUCGUUACCUGUAUAAAAGACACCUGGGAGCCAGAAAUCUUUCUGAUUGAGAGGGGGUCAAAUACUUAUUUCCCUCAUUAAAAUGCAAAUCAAUUUAUAACAUUUCUGACAUGCGUUUUAUCCGGAUUUUUGUUGUUGUUAUUCUGUCUCUCACUGUUCAAAUAAACCUACCAUUAAAAUUAUAGACUGAUCAUUUCUUUGUCAGUGGACAAACGUACAAAAUCAGCAGGGGAUCAAAUACUUUUUUCCCUCACUGUAGGUCUACCGCUGGCCAAUAAGAUAGCUCAGAUCACUGUGUCUGCACAGUUUCCUCAAGAUGUAAAUAGAACCCUCGAACGGACAGCAAAGUUGAUACUGUGAGAUUUAAAAACUUUAAAAACCAUGACUAGAGAGAGACUCAAUGAAUACAGCAAAGAGCUGCUGUUUUUAUGAGCAAGUUCAUGUUUAAAUUGUCACUCAGCACUGUCAACACUUUGUUCAACACUUUUAUAAGACUUAAAAUGCACGUUCUCCCUACUUCCACUCACGCUACAACCAGCACUGCAGCUGCGAUGAAUGAGUAUAGCAAAGUGUUCCGAUAAGCUUACAUUGUUAUUAUUGGUGGCUUGUGGCUUUUUUAAUAUCGAGGAAUAUUUGACUUUCUCUGGUCAUAGGAGUAACAACAUGAUUUGGUGCAUGAGGCAGAAAUAAGCAGACCAGUGGUGGCUAUUCAGCAGCCUGAUGGUCUGGGGGUAGAAGCUAUUGACCAGUCUUACAGUUUUUUGCCAUGAUGCUCCUAUACUGCCCACGUCUGAGUGAUGGAAACUGGGAGAACAGGCCAUGGCUCGGGUGGCUGGGGUCCCUGAUGAUCUCUUGGCCUUCCUGCAACACCUGGUGUUGUAAAUGUCCUGCAGGGCAAGCAGUGUGCUCCCAAUGGUGCGUUCGGCUGAGUGUACUUCCCUCUGUAGCGUCUUGCAGUCCGCGGUGGUGGAGUUGCCGCACCAGGCUGUGAUGCAGCCAGACAGUAUGAUCUCGACGGUGCUCCUACUGUAUAGAACCCUGUGAAGGACCUCGGGGACAGGCCAAAUUUCUUCAGCAUCCUAAGGUUGAAGAGUCGCUGUCGUGCCUUCUUCACCACAGUGUCUGUGUGGUUUGACCGUUUCAGUUCCUCUGAGAUGUGUACACCGAGGAACUUGACGUUCAUGAGGAUGGGGGCAUGCCCAGCCUGGUUCUUCCUGAAGUCCAGAAUCAGCUCCUUUAUUUUGCUAACGUUGAGGGAGAGGUUUUUUUACCUGAAUACACAAUAUCGAAACAGUAACCAUAAAAUAUAAAACUCUGGAGUAUAGGCUGACUACAGUAGUACAGGCUGAUUAGUGUCCGUAGUAUAGGCUGAUUACAGUAGUACAGGCUGAUUAGUGUCAGUAGUAUAGGCUGAUUACAGUAGUACAGGCUGAUUAGUGUCAGUAGUAUAGGCUGAUUACAGUAGUACAGGCUGAUUAGUGUCAGUAGUAUAGGCUGAUUACAGUAGUACAGGCUGAUUAGUGUCCGUAGUAUAGGCUGAUUACAGUAGUACAGGCUGAUUAGUGUCAGUAGUAUAGGCUGAUUACAGUAGUACAGGCUGAUUAGUGUCAGUAGUAUAGGCUGAUUACAGUAGUACAGGCUGAUUAGUGUCCGUAGUAUAGGCUGAUUACAGUAGUACAGGCUGAUUAGUGUCCGUAGUAUAGGCUGAUUACAGUAGUACAGGCUGAUUAGAAUGAUGGCUGUGAUGAUCUGGUGUCUGUAGUUCCUGUUGCUUUACUCAGUGACCAGAGAAUUCUAAGAAGAGCUGCUUCAAAGAAAUACCUCCCCGUAUUUCAACUCUCUUUCUCACUCAGCGUUCCCACGCGCCUUAAACCCAUAAAUUUACCCAUGUAAAUGAAUAGAUAUAAAGGAUUUAGCUAUGUGAACUAACGGUUCUCCCUCACUCCACCAUUCAGGUACAUCAAGGUGCUGGAGAUGCUGAGGCAGCUGAGGCUGAAUCACUCAAGCGACGUGAGGGAGUGCCAGGUGGAGCUGAGGUUCCUGAAGCUGAACGAGGAGAAGGCCCAGCCCAUCAAGGAGCUGCUUACCACCAAGGAGAACCAGCUGGCCUCCUCCAAAGAGACUGUUCAGAAGAUAGAGAGCCAGUUUGAACCCUUGGACGUGGAUCCUCGUUCCACAGAUAAUUAUUUCUAG